CCGAGCGCACAGGCCGCGGCCCGCGGAGCCCGCCAUGCCGGCGCGGGUCUGAGGCGCGGCGAGCCAGCGCCGAGGCGAGCGGCGGCCGCGCCGGCCGGGGUUCCCGCAGCGGCCCGGCCUGGGCCCGAUGAGCGGCGGCCUCGGCCUCCGGCGCAGCCCGGAAAUGUCCGGCAAGGUCGAGAAAGCAGACUCCCAGCGGUCCCAUCUCUCCUCCUUCACCAUGAAGCUGAUGGACAAAUUCCACUCGCCCAAGAUCAAGAGAACGCCAUCCAAGAAGGGAAAACCAGCCGACGUGUCCAUGAAGAUUCUGGAGAAGCCAGUGAACAAGGAGGCAACAGACAGAUCCCUACCAGAGGGCUGCCCCACCCCCUUGGAUCUGGAGCAGCAGGCAGUAGAAUUUAUGUCCACCAGUGCUGGGGCCUCCAGGUCUCAGAGGCAGAAGAACCUGAGCUGGCUGGAAGAGAAAGAGAAGGAGGUGGUCAGCGCCUUGCGCUACUUCAAGACCAUCGUGGACAAGAUGGCCAUCGACAAGAAGGUGCUGGAGAUGCUUCCGGGCUCCGCCAGCAAGGUGCUGGAGGCCAUCCUGCCGCUGGUGCAGAGCGACCCCCGCAUUCAGCACAGCUCCGCGCUCUCGUCCUGCUACAGCCGAGUGUACCAGAGUCUGGCCAACCUCAUCCGCUGGUCCGACCAGGUGAUGCUGGAAGGCGUGAACUCGGAAGACAAAGAGAUGGUGACGUCGGUGAAGGGGGUCAUCAAGGCGGUGCUGGACGGAGUGAAGGAGCUGGUCAGGCUCACCGUGGAGAAGCAGGGGCACCCGUCUCCGACCAGCCCCGUGAAACCCAGCUCCCCAGCCUGCAAGCCCGACGGGCAGUCCGAGCCCCCCCUGACGGACCGGGAGAUGGAGAUCCUGAGCAGGACAACCAGUGCGUCGCAGUCGGCCGAGCUGCUCCUCGACCCCGCUGAGGAGGAGGUGGCACCACCCAAGCCUCCCUUACCUGGCAUCCGGGUGGUCGAUAACAGCCCGCCGCCCGCACUGCCGCCGAAGAAGAGGCAGUCGGCUCCGUCCCCGACCCGCGUGGCCGUCGUGGCCCCCAUGAGCCGGGCCACCAGCGGCUCCAGUCUGCCUGUCGGGAUCAACAGGCAGGACCUCGAUGGGGACUGCUACGCCCAGAGGCGCCUGUCGGGGGGCAGCCACUCCUACGGGGGAGAAUCGCCCCGCCUGUCCCCCUGCAGCAGCAUCGGCAAGCUCAGCAGGUCCGACGAGCAGCUGUCCUCGCUGGACAGGGACAGCGGGCAGUGUUCCCGGAACACGAGCUGUGAAACGCUAGAUCAUUAUGACCCGGACUACGAAUUCCUUCAGCAAGACCUCUCGAACGCAGACCAGAUACCUCAGCCCGUGGCCUGCAACCUCAGCCCGCUGCCGGAGUCCUUGGGGGAGUCUGGGUCUCCGUUCCUCGGCCAUCCCUUCCAGCUGCCUCUCGGCGGCUGCCCCCAGCCGGACGGGCCCUCGGCCCCGGGGCCACCGGCGGACACGCCCCCGGCCCUCCCCGAGAAGAAGCGCCGGAGCGCGGCCUCCCAGACCACGGACGGCUCUGGCUGCAGGGUGUCCUACGAGCGGCACCCCUCCCAGUACGACAACAUCUCCGAGGACGACCUGCAGAACCCAGCCUUGGCCCAGCCCAUCCCCUUCACGCCCUUCGCUGCUGUCCUCCCCUUCCAGCAAGGAGGCCCCUCGGCCUCAGUGGGAUUUGUGGGGGGCUUCACUGUUCCUGCACCAACGGGGGACCCGGAAAAACCACCUCCACUGCCGGAAAAGAAAAACAAACACAUGCUGGCCUACAUGCAGCUGCUGGAGGACUACUCGGAGCCGCAGCCGUCCGUGUUCUACCAGACGCCGCAGAACGAGCACGUCUACCAGCAGAAGAACAGGCUCCUCAUGGAGGUGUACGGCUUCACCGACUCCUUCAGCAGCGCGGACGCCCCGCCGGAGCUGGCGCCGCCCCCCGCCCUGCCUCCCAAGCAGCGGCAGCUGGCCUCCUAUGCUGCUUCUUCCUUCUCCUCUGUCUCCUCCUGUGUCCAGCAAACUAGAGUGGCCUUCACCCCCGAGGACGGCAGUGCCACUCAGGGCAUCAGUGUGUCCGUCUCUAACUCCUUUCUCAGCCGGCACGGCGCCUUGCCCGUGCCCUCGUAUAAGUCUGUGUUCAGGUCCUUCUCCCAGGACUCCGUGCCUCACAGCCGAGCCUCCGCACAGCCUUUCCUCCCGCCUACCUCCUCUUCCUCUCCACACUUCCCACCUGUCCACCCGUCUCCGAGCUCGGACCUCGCGGUGCCAACCGCGGCCGGUCCGCCCCCCAGCGCCGUGGACGGGCCUCUCUCGGCUUCUCAGGAGAGCACCUUCCCCGGGAGCCCUGUCUGCCUUCCUUCCGAAACCUCUCUCACUGACGCGCCCCAGACGCCUUCGAGCGGCCACGCCAGCGAGGAGGCAGGUGAGGGUGAAUAUGUCAAUCUGUGCUCCUCUGGCCAGAGCGGCGAGGAGCGGGCUCACUCCCGAGGAGACUCACCAGCCGGGAAAGACGGGCACCCCAGGGAUCCCUCUGUGCUCGGCGGCGUGGCCGGGAAGGAAGGCCGAGACGGGGGAGAAAGGCCCCCCAGGUCCCCGGAGGCUCUGGAGUCGGCACAGUCGGAGGAGGAGGUGGACGAGCUGUCUCUCAUCGACCACAGCGAGAUCAUGGCCAGGCUGACGCUCAAGCAGGAGGGUGACGACGGGCCGGACGUGCGCGGGGGCUCGGGAGACAUCCUGCUGGUCCACGCCACCGAGACGGACCGCAAAGACCUGGUGCUGUACUGCGAGGCCUUCCUGACCACCUACAGGACCUUCAUCACCCCGGAGGAGCUCAUCAAGAAGCUGCAGUACCGGUACGAGAAGUUCUCUCCCUUUGCCGACACGUUCAAGAAGCGCGUCAGCAAGAACACGUUCUUCGUCCUGGUGCGGGUGGUGGACGAGCUCUGCCUCGUGGAGCUGACAGAGGAGAUCCUGAAGCUGCUGAUGGAGCUGGUCUUCCGCUUGGUGUGCAACGGCGAGCUCAGCCUGGCCCGCGUGCUGCGGAAGAACAUCCUGGACAAGGUGGACCAGAAGAAGCUGCUCCGGUGUGCCAACUCCGACCAGCCCCUCGCGGCCAGGGGCGUGGCAGCCAGGCCGGGGACCCUGCAUGACUUCCACAGCCACGAGAUAGCCGAGCAGCUGACCCUGCUGGACGCCGAGCUCUUCUAUAAAAUAGAGAUCCCUGAGGUUCUGCUUUGGGCAAAGGAGCAGAACGAGGAGAAGAGCCCCAACCUGACGCAGUUCACGGAGCACUUCAACAACAUGUCCUACUGGGUCCGGUCCAUUAUCAUGGUACAGGAAAAGGCCCAGGACAGGGAACGGCUGCUCCUGAAGUUCAUCAAGAUCAUGAAGCAUCUGCGGAAGCUGAACAACUUCAACUCCUACCUGGCCAUCCUCUCCGCCCUGGACUCGGCACCCAUCCGCAGGCUGGAGUGGCAGAAGCAGACCUCGGAGGGCCUGGCGGAGUACUGCACGCUGAUUGACAGCUCGUCCUCCUUCCGUGCCUACCGGGCCGCCCUCUCGGAGGUGGAGCCGCCGUGCAUCCCGUACCUGGGGCUCAUCCUGCAGGACCUCACCUUCGUGCACCUGGGCAACCCGGACUACAUCGAUGGGAAGGUGAACUUCUCCAAGCGGUGGCAGCAGUUCAACAUCCUGGACAGCAUGCGCUGCUUCCAGCAGGCGCACUACGACAUCCGGAGGAACGACGACAUCAUCAGCUUCUUCAACGACUUCAGCGACCACCUGGCCGAGGAGGCCCUGUGGGAGCUCUCCCUGAAGAUCAAGCCCAGGAACAUAACGAGGAGGAAGACAGAGCGGGAAGAGAAGACCUAGGGGCGGUGCCCCGAGCGAGAACGCUCAGGGGAGGCCGGUGCAGCGCCGGGACUGCAAGGGCCUUGGGACCCGUCAGGGGACAGCAGCGCACCUCC